AUGGAGUUUGAUUCUGAAACAGUUGUGAAUGCCUUCUAUUCUGCAUAUGUUGAUCCCUUUGGAUUUGUCAUUCGGUGGAGCAGACUUGGUCGCUCCAGGCAUGACCGUGCUGUUAUUGCUCAGGAAUUUGUGUGUAACAAAGAGGGUUUCCGAGUAGCUGAAAAGAAAAAGACCUUGCAAGAGAUUUUGAAGGCCGACGGUGUUGCUCUGAGUUUUCGGAAGAAGAGGAGAACGGAGCGGAGCGGAGAAGAGUUUGUUAGAUCACUGAGAUGUGCGCGAUGGUCUUGCUUUGAGUUUCCGGAAGAAGAGAAUGAAGGGAGUGGAGCGGAGAAGAGUUCGUUAGAUCGCCAUGCUCUGAGUUAG